AUGGAGGCUGAUGCCGAACUCCAGACGUUGUACAUGCGUCCUCGUGACAAAUUCCCUGAGUUCCUGGCCAAGUUCCUACGACUGGCGAAUGAGGCCAGGAUCCCUGAUUAUCGUUACAAGAUCGAGCUCAACCGACGACUCACUGACAAAGUCAAGGAGCUAUCUCUUCCCUAUAUUGGUGAUGAUAAGACUUUUGAUGAAUUUACGGCCUAUGUGGGUAUGGUAGUUCAGUCCUUGAAUGCCAACGCCCGAGAGGCCAAGCGUCGCAACCUGAAUCGGAGCUCUCGCAAUGAUCCCCAUACCGACCCCCCAAAAAUUAUCAACAGCUCGGGCAGUGCUCAAAUUGAUGGCAACAUGCGACAGGGACUGAUGGACCAAGGCAAAUGA